CGCCCUCCAACCCAGCCCGGCUUCCCCGAACCGCCCCGCACGGAGUCUCGCGCCCGCCGAGCUCCGCGCUGGGGCCGGGCUGAGCCGGCCGUCGGCUCCCGCUGGGCUCGGGGUCCCCGAGCGUGGAAGAGGAGGAACGGGGCGCACAGGCGGCGGCCCCGCCACCAGCCGGGUCCCGGCCGCGGCGAGCGGCACGUGCGGUGCCCCGCGCUGUGGCCAUGGCGCACGGGCCUCGGGAGCCCCGCGCGUCCCCUUAGCGCCCCGGGAGGCCCCGAUCCCGCCGGGCAUGGAGCCGCACGUGCUCGGCGCGGUCCUCUACUGGCUGCUGCUGCCCUUGGCGCUCUUGGCCGCCUGCCUGUUCCGCUUCAAUGCGCUGUCGCUGGUCUACCUGCUGUUCCUGCUGCUGCUGCCCUGGUGCCCGGGGCCCUCCCAGCACAGUCUCCGAGGCCACACUGGCCGGCUGCUUCGAGCCCUGUUGGGCUUCAGCCUCCUCUUCCUGGCGGCUCACCUGGCCUUCCAGAUAUGCCUGCAUACCAUACCCUACUUGGAUCAGCUGCUGGAACCCAACUGCAGCUCCUGGGAGAUCCUCUCUCGACAUGUGGGUAUCACGAGGCUGGACCUGAAGGACAUCCCCAAUGCUAUCCAGCUGGUGGCACCUGACCUGGGCAUCCUGGUGGUGUCAUCCGUGUGCCUCGGUCUCUGCAAACGUUUCAUAAGAUCUCAGCAGAACCAACACACCCAAGAGCCGCAUGAUGAUGAGAGGGACUUGAAUACACAACACCCAGUGGGGCUGUGCGAUACCCCUGCACUGACCAUGAAGCGGAAGUCUCGACUGGCUGCCCGCUUCCGGAUCACUGCUCAUUGGCUGCUGGUGGCUGCUGGGCGCACCCUGGCCAUCACACUGCUGGCCCUGGCAGGCAUCGCCCAUCCCUCAGCCUUCUCCAGUCUCUACUUCCUGGUUUUCUUGGCUAUCUGCACCUGGUGGGCCUGCCACUUUCCCUUCAGCACCCUGGGCUUUAGCACUCUGGGCAUCAUGGUGGGCUGCUUCAGUACCAGCCAUCUUAUCUGCCUCUACUGCUACCAGACGUACUUUGCGCAGACCCUGCUACCCCCCACCAGCAUCUGGGCCAGGGUAUUUGGUCUCAAGGAUUUAGUGAUCCCCGCAAACUGCUCCAGCCCCAACAUACUGGUACUCAACACACAGCAUGACUGGCCUAUCUAUGUGAGCCCUGGGAUCCUGCUGUUGCUCAGCUACAGCCUGGCCUCCCUCCUGAAGCUGCGCUCACCCACUGGCCAGAGGAAGGAGGCUGCUGGGGGCGAGGAGGAGCGGGAGGUGGAGUUGACCGAGCUGGACCAGUGGCCACAGGGCCAUCCAGGGGCUGCUGACAAGGAAAGGGCCACCCAGCUCACGACACCCACACCCGUGGAGGCUGACAACUGCAUCGUUCAUGACCUGAUGGGCCACAGCCCAAUUCGGCAGCGUGCCUUGCACCCCCGGCUGACUGAGCCCAGAGAGACAUCUCCACUGCACGGCCUGGGCCACCUCAUCAUGAGCCAGGGCUACGUGUGCGCCCUCACCGCCAUGAUGGUGUGGAGCAUCACCUACCAUAGCUGGCUGACCUUCGUGCUGCUGCUCUGGGCCUGUGUCAUCUGGACAGUCCGUAGCCGUCACCAGCUGGCUAUGCUCUGCUCGCCCUUCAUCCUACUGUACGGGCUGGCACUAUGUGGCCUGCGCUACGUGUGGGCCAUGGACCUGCAGCCCGAGCUGCCCACCUCACUGGGUCCCGUCAGCCUGCGGCAGCUGGGUCUAGAACACACACGCUACCCGUGCCUGGACCUGGGUGCCAUGCUGCUGUACACCCUGACCUUCUGGCUGCUGCUGCGCCAGUUCGUGAAGGAGAAGCUGCUGAGGAAGACCAAGGCCCCCGCCACACUGAGCGAGGUGACUGUGAGUGACACAGAACCCACACGCACGCGCACACUGCUGCACAGCCUGGGGGAACUGGUGACAGGCGUGUACAUCAAGUACUGGAUCUAUGUGUGCGCCGGCAUGUUCAUUGUGGUCAGCUUCGCCGGCCGCCUGGUUGUCUACAAGAUUGUCUACAUGUUCCUCUUCCUGCUCUGCCUCACCCUCUUCCAGGUCUACUACAGCCUGUGGCGGAAGCUGCUGAAGGUGUUCUGGUGGUUGGUGGUGGCCUACACCAUGCUGGUGCUCAUUGCCGUCUACACCUUCCAGUUCCAGGACUUCCCCGCCUACUGGCGCAACCUCACUGGCUUCACUGACCAGCAGCUGGAGGACCUAGGCCUGGAGCAGUUCAGCGUGUCCGAGCUCUUCUCCAGCAUCCUCAUCCCCGGCUUCUUCCUACUGGCCUGCAUUCUGCAGCUGCACUACUUCCACCAGCCCUUCAUGCGGCUCACCGACCUGGAGCACGUGCCGCCACCCCGGCCAUCGCGCUGGGCCUAUAGGCAGGAUGGGGUGAUGAGGACCCCGCUGCUGCAGCAGGAAGAGGAAGAGGAGCCCCCCGGGGAUGACAGCCCUGCCCAGGCCACAGAUGGUAAGGGGGCAGCAUGGGAUGAAGCUCCAGGGCCCAGCAUAACUUCCCUUGGCCUCCCUUCUGAGCCUCUUCUGCUUGGGAGAGAGGACCACAGGCCUGGGAAGCCUGCCUGCCUCACUCCCACUGCCCCCCUCCACCUUGUCACAGCCAACAAGUGGGGCCUGGUGGCCGAGCGUCUGCUGGACCUGGCGGCUAGUUUCUCGGACGUCCUCACACGAUUGCAGGUGUUUGUGCGGCGCCUACUAGAGCUGCAUGUCUUCAAGCUGGUGGCCCUGUACACUGUCUGGGUGGCCCUAAAGGAGGUGUCGGUGAUGAACCUCUUACUGGUAGUGCUCUGGGCCUUCGCCACACCCUACCCCCGCUUCCGGCACAUGGCGUCCUGCCUGUCCACUGUGUGGACCUGCAUCAUCAUUGUGUGCAAGAUGUUGUACCAGCUCAAGAUUGUCAGCCCACACGAGUAUUCCAGCAACUGCACUGAGCCCUUCCCCAACAGCACUAACCUGCAAAAGGCGGAGAUCAACCAGUCUGUGCUGUACCGUGGGCCCGUUGACCCUGCUAACUGGUUUGGGGUGCGGAAGGGCUACCCCAACCUGGGCUACAUCCAAAACCACCUGCAGAUCCUCCUGCUGCUCGUGUUUGAGGCCAUUGUGUACCGGCGCCAGGAACACCACCGGCGGCAGCACCAGCAGACCCCACUGCCCGCUCAGGCCGUGUGUGCCGAGGGCACCCGCCAGAAGCUGGACCAAGACCUGCUCAGCUGCUUCAAGUACUUCGUCAACUUCUUCUUCUACAAGUUUGGGCUAGAGAUCUGCUUCCUGAUGGCUGUGAAUGUGAUUGGGCAGCGCAUGAACUUCAUGGUCAUCCUGCAUGGCUGCUGGCUGGUGGCCAUCCUCACCCGCCGGCGCCGUGCUGCUAUCGCCCGCCUCUGGCCCAACUACUGCCUCUUCCUGACGCUCUUCCUGCUCUACCAGUACCUGCUGUGUCUGGGUAUCCCCCCAGCUCUGUGCAUUGACUACCCAUGGCGCUGGAGCCAGGCCAUUCCUAUGAACUCUGCGCUUAUCAAGUGGCUGUACCUGCCCGACUUCUUCAGGGCUCCCAACUCUACAAAUCUCAUCAGUGACUUCCUCCUGCUGCUCUGCGCCUCCCAGCAGUGGCAGGUCUUCUCUGUCGAGUGCAAGGAGGAGUGGCAACACAUGGCUGGAAUCAAUACAGACCAACUGGAACCACUGCGGGGGGAGCCCAACCCCGUGCCCAACUUCAUUCACUGCAGAUCCUACCUCGACAUGCUGAAGGUGGCCGUGUUCCGCUACCUCUUCUGGCUGGUGUUGGUGGUGGUGUUCAUCACGGGGUCCACACGCAUCAGCAUCUUCGGGCUGGGCUACUUGCUGGCCUGCUUCUACCUGCUGUUGUUCGGCACCGCCCUGCUGCAGAAGGGCACGCGCGCCCGCCUCGUGCUGUGGGACUGCCUCAUCCUCUACAACGUCACAGUCAUCAUCUCCAAGAACAUGCUCUCGCUCCUGUCCUGUGUCUUCGUGGAGCAAAUGCAGAGCAACUUCUGCUGGGUCAUCCAGCUCUUCAGCCUCGUGUGCACUGUCAAGGGUUAUUAUAACCCCAAGGAGAUGCUAAGCCGGGACAAGGACUGUCUGCUGCCCGUGGAGGAGGCUGGUGUCCUGUGGGACAGUGUCUGCUUCCUGUUCCUGCUGCUGCAGCGCCGCAUCUUCCUCAGCUACUACUUCCUGCAUGUCAGGGCUGAGCUCCAGGCCAGUGCCCUCCAGGCCUCCAGGGGCUUCGCUCUCUAUAAUGCUGCCAACCUCAAAAGCAUCAACCAGCACCGCAAGGCGGAGGAGAAGUCACUGGCCCAAUUGAAAAGACAGAUGGAGCGUAUUCGUGCCAAGCAAGAGAAGCACAAGCAGAGUCCGGCAGGCCAGCACCAUACCCUGGGCGGCCCCCAAGACCCCAGUCAGGAGCCUGGGUCCAGCUCCUCCUCACCACAAAGACAAUGGUGGCGGCCCUGGAUGGACCACGCCACAGUCAUCCAUUCUGGAGACUACUUCCUGUUCGAGUCUGACAGUGAGGAAGAGGAGGAGGAGGCCCAGCCAGAGGACCCCAGGUCAUCAACACAGAGUGCCUUCCAGAUGGCGUACCAGGCAUGGGUCACCAACGCACAGAUGGUGCUGCGGCAGCAGCAGGAGGAGCAGGCUCAACAGGAGCAACAGGAGCAACAGGAGCAGGCCGGGCAGCAGCCCACAGGCAGCUUGAGUGAGGAGUUGGAGCCCACGGAGGACGAAGUGACAGGCCACAGCCACACGAUGCAGCGUGUGCUGAGCACCAUGCAGUUCCUAUGGGUGCUGGGCCAGGCGCUGGUGGAUGGGCUCACCAGCUGGCUCCUCACCUUCACACGCCACCACCGUGCCAUCAGCGAUGUGCUGCGAGCAGAGCGCUAUGUGCUGGCUGAGAAGCUGCUCCGGGAAGAAGAGGUACACUGGGAUGUGCUGGACCAGCUGUACGGGUAUGAGCCUGAGGCCCGAGAAGCACCCAGCACUGCAUCCAGUGGGCUGGGGGCUGAGGAGCCACUGAGCAGCAUGACUGAUGUGACCAGCAGCCUCCUGAGCACCCGCAGUAGCAGUGAGGAGAUGGUGCCUGAGCCUGGGCCUCCCCUACCCAGUUCCCGGGAGCUACAGACUAGUGUUCGUACCAGAACUCGUACAGCCAGCGAAUUGCUCCUGGACAGGCACCUGCGUAUACCAGAGCUGGACGAGGCUGAGCGGUUCUCAAAGGAGCAGGGCCGGGCAUUGCGGCUGCUGCAGGCCAUGUACCAGUGUGUGGCUGCCCACUCAGAACUGCUCUGCUACUUCAUCAUCAUCCUCAACCACAUGGUCACUGCCUCAGCUGCCUCACUGGUGCUGCCUGUGCUGGUCUUCCUGUGGGCCAUGCUGUCCAUCCCACGGCCCAGCAAGCGCUUCUGGAUGACCGCCAUCGUCUUCACUGAGGUCACCGUGGUCACCAAGUACCUGUUCCAGUUUGGUUUCUUCCCCUGGAACAGCCACAGUGUGUUGCGGCGCUAUGAGAACAAGCCCUACUUCCCACCACGCAUUCUGGGCCUGGAGAAGACAGACGGUUACAUCAAGUACGACCUAGUACAGCUCAUGGCGCUCUUCUUCCACCGCUCACAGUUGCUGAGCUAUGGCCUCUGGGACCAUGAAGAAAAGGACCCGUUAUCCAAGGAGCGUGACAGGACCAGUUCAGAGAAAGGGGCUCUGCUAGGGGCCCAAACUGAGUUGUCCACAGGGCCCCAAGAGGACCCAGAGGUGGCUGAGGUCCUCUCUGUAGAUGACAUUCAGGCAGACACCAUGGCCAAGGGCAGGGAAGAGCCCUCCCCAGGGGCUGGUGACACAAAGCGCAUCAGUCUGCGCUUUAGGAGGAAGGGGCACCCGACACCCAGAGGACCAGCCACGGAAGCUGAGGAGGAGGAGGAGGAGACAGAAGAUUCAGGGAGAGAGAAGCAGAGGAUACGCCCAAAGGACAGGGUGCGGGCAGCUGGACUCUGGCUGCAGGGCUUCUGCCUGUCUCUGGCCCAGGGCAUAUACCAGCCUCUGCAGCAUUUUUUCCACGACAUCCUCCACACCAAGUACCGUGCAGCCACAGAUGUGUACGCCCUCAUGUUCCUGGCUGAUGUGGUCGACUUCAUCAUCAUCAUGUUUGGCUUCUGGGCCUUUGGGAAACACUCAGCAGCCACAGACAUCACAUCCUCACUGUCAGAUAAUCAGGUGCCGGAGGCCUUCCUGGUGAUGCUGCUGAUCCAGUUCGGCACCAUGGUAGUAGACAGGGCCCUCUACCUGCGCAAGACCGUGCUGGGAAAGCUGGCCUUCCAGGUGGUGCUAGUACUCGCCAUCCACUUCUGGAUGUUCUUCAUUCUACCUGCUGUCACCGAGAGGAUGUUCAGCCAGAAUGCAGUGGCCCAGCUGUGGUACUUUGUCAAGUGCAUCUACUUCGCCCUGUCAGCCUACCAGAUCCGCUGUGGCUACCCCACCCGCAUCCUUGGCAACUUCCUCACCAAGAAGUACAACUACCUCAACCUCUUCCUCUUCCAGGGGUUCCGUCUUGUGCCAUUCCUGGUGGAGCUGCGGGCUGUGAUGGACUGGGUGUGGACGGACACCACUCUGUCCCUGUCCAACUGGAUGUGUGUGGAGGACAUCUAUGCCAACAUCUUCAUCAUCAAGUGCAGCAUCGAGACAGAAAAGAAAUACCCACAGCCCAAAGGGCAAAAGAAGAAAAAGAUUGUCAAAUAUGGCAUGGGCGGCCUCAUAAUACUGUUCCUAGUGUCCAUCGUCUGGUUCCCACUGCUCUUCAUGUCCCUGGUGCGCUCAGUGGUAGGCGUGGUCAAUCAGCCCAUUGAUGUCACUGUCACGCUUAAGCUGGGCGGCUAUGAGCCCCUAUUCACCAUGAGUGCCCAGCAGCCAUCCAUUGUGCCAUUCACGCAACAGGACUACGAAGAGCUGUCCCAUCAAUUUGACCCCCACCCAUUGGCCAUGCAAUUCAUCAGCCAGUAUAGCCCCGAUGACAUCGUCACAGCACACAUUGAGGGUAACUCUGGGGCACUGUGGCGCAUCAGCCCACCCAGCCGGGACCAGAUGAAGCGAGAGCUGUACAACGGCACAGCCGACAUCACCCUGCGCUUCACUUGGAACUUCCAGAGGGACCUGGCCAAGGGAGGCACUGUGGAGUACACGAACGAGAAGCACACCCUGGACCUGGCCCCCAACAGCACCGAGCGAAGGCAACUUGCCAGUCUGCUGGAGGGCACCUCAGACCAGUCUGUGGUCAUUACCAACCUCUUCCCCAAGUACAUCCGGGCCCCCAAUGGACCUGAAGCCAACCCCGUGAAGCAGCUACAGCCCAAUGAGGAGGCCGACUACCUGGGUGUGCGCAUCCAGCUGCGGAGGGAACGUGUGGGCUCAGGGGCCUCUGGCUUCCUCGAGUGGUGGGUCAUCGAGCUGCAAGACUGCCAGACUGACUGUAACUUGCUGCCCAUGGUCAUCUUCAGCGACAAGGUCAGCCCACCCAGCCUGGGCUUCCUGGCCAGCUACGGGAUCAUGGGGCUCUAUGUGUCCAUUGUGCUGGUCAUCGGCAAGUUCGUGCGUGACUUCUUCAGCGAUAUCUCACAUUCCAUCAUGUUUGAGGAGCUGCCAUGUGUGGACCGCAUCCUCAAGCUAUGCCAAGACAUCUUCCUGGUGCGGGAGACACGGGAGCUGGAGCUGGAGGAGGAGCUCUAUGCCAAGCUCAUCUUCUUGUACCGCUCACCUGAGACCAUGAUCAAAUGGACCCGGGAGAAAGAAUAGGCAGUUCCCCUGCCCAGGAUGAAGGGGCUUCACGGGUACCCUGCUCAGGCCCAGGCCAUCUGCUGGGGUCUGUCCUUCUGGCCUCCAAGCCCUGAUGCUGCUCUCAGAAGCUAUGGCUCCUCAGCUGCCAGCACAGGACUGCUGUCCCUUCCAUCAUCCCUGCUGGGUUCAGAACAGCCUUUGACCAGGGGCCCAGUCCCCCUUCCCCAUGUGUACUGUUGAGUUUUCUAAUUAAAGACAUUUUUAUUUAUACAAA